GCUGUUACCUGUCAGGCUGAUGUAUGUGUACAUUGGAUGGUGUAGUUUGCAGUUGAAGUUACGAGUCCGGUCGCUUUAAAGAUGUUUCAAGAACUGAAUAAUAUUCUUAAUACAACUCCCGAAACGUGUGAGCAGGGAAUAAGUGUACUCCUUUGUGACAAGCAGACUGAUGGAGGUUUCCUUGUGCAUCAUUUCCUUUCUUUUUAUCUCAAAGGAGGUUGCAAAGUUUGCUUUCUUGGCCUGCUUCAGUCAUUCAGUCAUUACAGUCUUGUUGCCCAAAAGCUGGGAGUUAAUCUGUCUGCAGCCAGAGAGAAGGGACAGCUGGUGUUUUUGGAAGGACUGCGCUCAUCUCUUGACUUAUUGCUUGAUGAUCAGCAGGACAGCACUUUGCACAAAUCAUCCCCUCUGCAAUUUCUAAGCUCUCCCAAUGCAAGUCUUCGAUCGCUCUAUGAGUUUGUUUGUACAUCAGUACAGAAGACCAGUGAAAAUGCUUGGAAAUUUUCAGUACUGAUUAUAGAUGAUUUAAGUGUCCUGCUUAGUCUGGGAGUGACCACAAAGGACAUUUUGAAUUUUAUGCAUUACUGUCGAGCCACACUUUGCUCAAAGCUUAAGGGAAACUUAGUGGCAUUGGCGCAUGACACAGAAGAUUUGGAAGAUGAAGAAAAUGAUUUUGUGGUCAAAUCACUGAGUUACCAGUCUCAUCUGAUUCUGCAAGCAGAAGGAUUAGCCACUGGGUACUGCAAGGAUAUCCAUGGGGAGCUGAAGAUUAUUUGGCGCUCCCUUUCACCUGUGAAGGCGGAAAAGAAUGUUAUAAAAACUUUUCAGUACAAAAUACAAGACAAGAAUGUUGCCUUUUUUGCCAGAGGAACCUCAUCUGCUGUACUCUAGCUUUUCUUUUGGUUCAUAUAAUUGAGGGGUAUGAAGGACAUCUACUCUUUUGAAAUGGACAUGGUGAUAGUUAUGAUCUGACAACUAAGCAGUCCUUUGAUUUACAUUAGUUCAACAAUUAUUUCAAAAGGCUGUAAAAUAGUAUUCCGCUAUGUGUAUACUGUAUAUUGUUCAUUUCCAAUGAUAUGGAACCAUCUACAACAAACCAGCUUACAGAUAUAGAUACAGGGUUUUUCUCAGUUAAAACUUUAAUGCAAUUGUUUAUAUCUUGAUUAUUUAUUUCCAAUUGCUGCUUAUAAUAUCCUCUCCACUUAGAAGCAGAGCUCAUGGGUUUAAAUUGUGAUCAACAACAAAAUUUUUCCCUUGGGUUUUUUUAAACCAUCUUAUUUCUUGAUUUCUUAAACUUAUCUUGUUCAUCUUGUUCCUUAUUUUCCUAUAAACCAGGGUUCCCAACCUAUUUUAUGCCAUGGACCAAUACCACUGGGAUCCCCCUGAUAUAAACAUUUUAGUUCUAGAUGAUUGCCUCUUGUAAUUUAUGUGGUUUCUGGUAUUUUAUGAAAUGUUAUUAAAUUAACAUUUCCUCAGUUGACUAAAUUCUGUCAUCAAGGAAAGACAAAACCCCCAUCAUUGAAAAUUUCUGUAGCACCAGGCAUCCGUUUUGUGUUUAAUGUGUAUUUUAAUAGCAUCUUUGAUGAAGAAAAACUCUUGUAAGUAUACAAAAAUGUGCUUGAAGAUGAGAAAAAAGCAAAAUAUGGCAAAACAAAUGAGUGUUUAGAUGUAGAAAUGUAUAAAAAUGUACAAAACUGAUAUUUGAUAGGUUUUUACUUUUCACACAUUUUGGGCUAAGUGUGAGCUAUGUAGUAAAGUUGAUAUGAUUUCCUAAA